AUGAUGAUGAAUAAUGCAACAAAUAUGCUAGCACCUCCGUUUCUUGAUAUGAAUGAAGGUGGCGAGGGAAAUUCCUCAGAAAAUGCACCAUCAUGUGUAAAUAUUUCUUCCUAUUCUGUUGGAGAUAUAAUUAUUAAGGAAGAGCUUCAGAAACAACAAGAACACCGAAGGAAUGAUGAUGGCUCUCUGAAUUUAUUCUACUUGGAUGAAUACUAUUUGAGCGAUUUACGAGGCCCUUGUUCCUUAAAGGCUUUUAUUAUAAUAUUAAUGACAUUAUUGAUUGUGGUGUGCUCGGGUAGUAUUUAUGUUUCCGUGUUUGUGGCAAUGUAUAAUUCAGUGAAUCAACUAACUGGGAAUGUUCAAGAUUUGGUUCAGGAUAAAAUCACAUUGUAUAUUGAUUCAGUUCUGAAGAAUAUGAAAGAUACUGGAUUUAUAAUGGCAGACCAUUACAAUUAUGGACUAACAGAGCCGAGUGUCUUUCGAAAAUACUUUUACACACCCUAUAAAGUGAGUGGAUUGAGUGUUGGUUAUGCAUUUGGUAAUCCAUCAGAAAGAUAUUCCUAUACGAUUGUUGGAAAGCAAGAUGAUGAAAGAAUCGUCUACUCUUAUCAACCUCCAGGAUUCAUAGGAUCUCUCAGAGAUACAUACGAUAAUAAUGGAACUUUGCUCAAGUUGAAUGAUACUAUUGACUUUACACCGUAUAAUGUAUCAAUUAAGGAUUAUUAUUGGUUUCCAUUGGCAGAAGCUGAAAGAAUGGGAGAAGAGGGAGCAUUUAGUAAGCCAUACAUUGUCACUAAUGGAACCUUAUCAAUUUCUUUCGGAGCUAAAGUUUUCGAUCAAGAAUUAUUUUCUCAGGGUGUGAAAUUAUUCAAAGGAAUAGCUCGUAUAGUGAGGCCACUAGCUGGUUUUAGUAAUUUCCUCUCAAAAAAAGUCAAAGUUUUCGAGCAUGGCUACGUAAUUAUCAAAGAGAAUGGUAGUGAUUUUGCUUUAGCUGGAAGCGUUCGUUGUAGCUCUCCUGAUGAAAAGGAACGACUUAGUAUUUACGCAAUUACUGAAAGGAAUGCAGGUCAACUAAUGCAAAAACUGAAAGAUACGUAUGGAGAUAUUGAAAAUUUGCCUGAAAGUGUCACAGUUACCAGUUUGGGUGUAAAUUACUUUGUUAGACAUCAAAUCUAUGAAUAUCACAAUGUAAAAUGGGAUAUGUACACAGUGGUUGUAGAGUCUGAUGUCAUGAAAAGUAUCCAUAUUAGUAUUGCUGUGUCUGUUUCCGUAGCUGUAGUGGUAACAUUCAUCGGAGUCUUGUUUGGAAUUACUCUUUCUCUGAUUAUUAUUAGACCAAUAACCUUCCUCCAAGAACAAUUCCAAAAAAUUAAGGUUUUGAAUUUGGAAGGUAUGAUUAUCCCUGACUCAAUGUUUGAUGAGUUGAGCCAAGUCUAUACAAGUUUAUCAUUAACAGUGAGAUGGUUGAGAGAAAUCAGGUCAUUCGUUCCUCCAUCUGUCAUUCAAGAUAUUCGUUAUAGCUCCAAUCCAAAGAAAAAUCCAAAAAAGACUCAAACCAUCAAUCAUAAUCCAAGCUAUGCCAAGUAUGAGAAAACUAAUGAUGCAUGCCAUCCAUUUCAAACAGGUCUUAAUCAGAAGGAAUGCUCUGUUAUUCAUGUGAGAUUGCAUAACUAUUUAAAGUAUAAUACUCCUCACUUCAUUUCUGCAUCAUUUCCAAAAAUUUUGAGUGUCAUGACUGAUUGUACAAGACUAUUACAUUGUGAUCUUCAAGUUCUGUCACUUGAAGAUUUUAGAGUCAUUGUAGAGCCAAGAGUAAUCAAAUCCAAUAUUGUAGCUCUCGAAUUGGCCUUAAAACUGCAGAAAGGUCUCGAAUAUUUUAACAAGCAAUUCAAAGAGGAUUUUGAUGUAAAGAUUGAAUUUGGUAUUGGAGUUUCCACAAAUGCAGAUUCAUAUGUUGGAAAUUUAGGAACCAAACAUCACAAGGUCUUGUCCAUCAUUUCCAAUGCCUGUAAAGUGGCAGAAAGUUUAAGUUAUUUGGCUUCUCAUAAUGGUGUUCACAUAGUUGCUGAUGAGCAAACAACUUUGUGUGAUCAAUUCAUUUCGAGACCAAUUGAUAGAUUCCUCUUCCAAUGUUAUGUUCGUGCAAGUGGACCAUCUGAAGAAGUUAUUAAAAAUGUCUAUGAAGUAAUCAAGGAAGUGGAUAAUCAAAUAGAAGAAGAAGGAGAAGAGUGGAUGUGUGAAUUUGAGAAGGAAAUAUUCAAUUACAAACAAUAUCGUUCAAUAUUUGAAAUAUUUACCAGUUCCGAUCCAGAUACUCUCAAUGAAAAGAAGAUUCAACUCAAAGACUACUUGACAGAAAAUCCUGAUGAUUAUCCCUCCAAGAAGAUACUAGAUAUUAUUUGCUAUAUUCAAUCCCGAGUGUCAAAUGUUGAAACCAUGGUCAAUAUCCUAUCACAUUAUCAUACAAGGAUUGAUCAAUUUUUUGUAGAGGAUUACAUGGAUUCAAUAUAA